CAGUCACGUCCACAGGGCGGUCAAACGCGCGUGCUGUGCGCUGUUGCUGUUUAUGUUACGCGACUUCCUGGUGCUCUCUGUUGUGAACCUCGUAGAUUUGGGCCGCUUUGUGUAGUUUUUCUUGGGCAACUGUAAGUAAUUUAUAUGGAGUAAAUGACUAAGUAAGCUCUGGUAGAGCAGCUGGGUAAAAAGACUCAAAUAUUCCACUACCGAAAAUGAGACUCUGAUUCUAGCAAAGCCAGACGCUGACGCUCACACUGAAAGUACUCCCUGCUGCCCGAAAGGAACUAUUUCUGCAGUAUGAAUGUUUUGUACUGAAUGCAAUAUCUUCCCUCACCUCCAUUUUAUCGGCUGAUAUCCAUCAUGACGAAGAGAUCCCGUCACACACUAGAUCAGGAUGAUCCUCUGUGCUGUUGCGAGUACAUUGAUCGUCAUGGCGGACGCAGUCACUUGGCAGCAUGUUGCUGUGACUGUGAGGAUUUGGAUGAGGCUUGUGACAGAUGGAUGAAGAAGCAGCCUCAAAAUUCAGACUCUCUGUCUCGGGCUAUGGCCACGUUCAAUGAUCGUCUCCGAGUGCCCUGGAUAUCUGGAGCCAGACAAGUUGAUAUAUCAGUGAUCCCUCCUCUUAUUCUGCUUCCUGUUUUUUUGCACAUUGCAGCUUUGCACUACCUGCUGGGUAUUUUAGUGCUAACUGCAGUGCCCGUCUUGGUCCUUUGGUACUACUAUUUCACUCACCGAAAGAAAGGACACACGUUAUUCUUCCUCAGCCUCGCACUCUUCUCCCUCUUCUACAUGUUCUACCUCUUCAUCACCGAAGUCGUUCCUCGUGGUGGUGUGAAUCACCUUCAGUUUACCGUUGUGACAGUGGGUGUUGCUCUUACGGUAAUUUUCCUUAUAAUCACUAAGAGGGGGCCGGGCUACGUCAGGCCUCAUCCAACUGACACUCAUAGUACAGUGACCUAUCACAAACCUCCGUCUGACGUAGAUGCCGCCUAUCUAAAUGGAGCACAGCACCAGGUGGUGAUAGCCAAUCAUGAACAAACUUGUGAAUCUGGGACAGCACAGCAGAGUGUUCAGAGGAGGAACUGGUGCGCAGUAUGCAAAGUGGUGCGGCCCCCGAGAGCGGGACACUGCAGGAUCUGUGGGGUCUGCAUCCUGCGUCUGGACCACCACUGUGUCUGGAUCAACAGCUGUGUGGGGCAGGACAAUCACCGCAAUUUCCUUCUGACACUUGUUUUCUUUCUGCUGACAUCGCUGUACGGGAUCAGUUUGGUUCUUCGAAGCGUGUGUUCCGACCAGAAUGUAAUGACUGCACUGUUCUACUGUCCUGACGUCUACAACCAGUUCAGUUCUGCUCUGUGUUUCACCUGUGCCUGGUACAGCUGUGUUGUGACAGGAGGUUUACUGCACCUGCUGCUCUUGCAGCUUAUCAACGUCAGCUUCAACGUGACCGAACGGGAGGCGCGUCUGGCUUUGAGAGAGAAAACCGGUCGCAGCCUUAUCUGGGGUCUGAUCAUCGACACAGGCGUUUACUCAAGAGGCUUCCAUAGUAACUGGAUUGGAUUCUUGACCAUGAGCAAGGCUUCAGAGCCAUCAAAUCAUAAACCAUCAAAUCUGGUGUAGAAAUUCAGCUCUCAGUCUCCGCUGAUGGAAAACAAUCGAACUGGUCUUUCAAGUGAAUUAUCACCCAUAUACAGU